AUGUCUGAGAGCAUUAAUAUGAAGGUUUGUGCCAGGUCCUGCUCAUUCCUCUCCAGCUGUGUCCGUUGUCAUAUUGAGCAGAAUUGUCCCUCGAGUUGUGAUCAUGUGAGCAUUGUAUCACCUAGCGAACACAAUAAUACUGAUGAAGAACUAAGGACCUGCUCCAUUACAGAGGACAACUGUGAGGUCACAUAUCAAGUAGGAGUCUAUGUCCUUGGAACCGAAGGGAAUAUAAUGGUCAUCUUCGAUGAGACACAGAGUGACAUCAACGACUGGAGUGCUGGUUGUAGCUCCUCCUUUCCAAUAUUUGUCAUUCCGCUAGUGGUUACAAUAGGAAUCAUACUGCUAGCAAUCAUUGUAAUAGCACUCUGGGUUGCAAUGAAGUAUCUGAUUGAAUAUUUAGAGUUUAGGGCAUGGAAGAAAAGCCAAGAGGACGAACUGUGGAACACUAGUGGGGACAAUCCAUUAUUCGUUGAUCCUACCACGAGUCAUAUUAAUCCGAAAUACAGGCCACGCACUACAGUCCAAGUGGUGGGCGGAGAAGAUGACUAGAUCUCACAAUCUAUGAUUCUAUAUAUUCAACUGAUAGAAUUUUAAAACUUUAUAUACUUAACUGUAAUCUGUAGCUAUCAUAUACACAAUAACAACAAAAGUACUAUAAGAUUGUAUUCAUGA